GGAGAUUGGAAUCGGAUUUUGCACAAAAUCAGCUAGCCUAAAUAAAAUGCCAGGCUGGGAAAAUAGCUCGUGGGGUUAUCAUGGCGAUGAUGGAAACUCGUAUUUUAAAAAUUAUGGGAACCAUAUGGAACAGAAUUUAUGA